GAUAGCUGCUAUAAAACUCCGAUGAAAACCCCCCAAAAUCUCCACCAUCUCUCCGCCGCAGCAAUGAAACGUGAGAUGGUAGGAUUAAGCGUGAUCCUCGAAAACUACAUCAGAAGAAGCCCCCAAAUUCUCAGCAAAGGCGCCAUGAUCAGACCUUCCUCUCCUCCAUUCACCAAUUCCUCUCUUUUCCCCCGAUUUCUGGAGAAUUGCUCCCUCUGCCGGCGAAAAUUAUUGCCGGGGAAUGACAUAUUCAUGUACAAAGGGGAUAUGCCGUUUUGCAGUGUGGAUUGCAGGUCCAGGCAGAUUUUCAUCGACGAAAAGGAGAGUUGUACGUUUGAGUACACCUGUUCAGCAGCUGCUACUGCCACGUCAUCCCCGCCGCCGUCGUCUUCCCGCAGCGGCGAGGGAGAGCGUGUGCGUUUUUCCGUUUCUACCCCUUGCUGAUAGCGUUUCUACACCGAGCGUGUAAAGGGUGUUUUUGGAAGUUCCACUUCUUUUUUAGAGCGAAUUGAAUGUUCCCUUUUCUUUUUUUUUAAAUUUCUGGUUAAUAGUAAUAUUUUAUUUUAUCUCUGCAUAGUUCGAAAUUCAACCAAAUACGAAAAUAAAGUCAAUAUUCACAAACUCAUAUCAUUUGUAUUUUGUCACUCCAUGAAAGAAGACAUAUUUCACUAUUUUUACUUAAUUUAUUUUUAUUUA